AUGGCAGGCGAGAGCAACGGGACUCCUAGCGGAGCCUCUACGACACAGGAUGGGCCGAAACCGAACAGCGCGCCAGCUCCUGCUAAUGCCACAGCCACCCCGGGCAACACCAACCCAGAGAAGCUUACACCUGCCCAGCUAAAAGCCAGAGCGAAGGCUGAGAAAGCCGCGAGACGUGCCCAAGUAAAGGAAGCCAGAGCUGCUGCCGCUGCGCCAGGGACGCCAACACAAGAAAAAGCUGCCGCGGGUACAGACGCAAAGGGUGGGAAGGGCAAGGGGAAACAGGAUGUGCAGCAGGCACCGAACAGACCCCGGCCGUCAGUCAGCGGGCGGCGACCAUCCGUGCUGAUUGUUGAGAAGGACGCCAGGAGUGGCAUUCCCGAGUCCUUCAGCCAUGUGCCAAUGGCCAAACGGAUGCCAAUGUCCCAGGCGCACAAGGACGUGCACCCUGCAGUACUCGCGGUAGGCCAGCAGAUGGCUACAUUUGCGCUCAAAGACAGCAUCUCCCGUCUCAAAGCAACUCUCUUGGCGUUUAGGAAGGUGAUUGAGUCGUACGAGACACCUAAGGGAAACUCGCUCUCUCGGCAUUUCGUACCACACGUACUGAACCCCCAGAUUGAGUACCUAACCGAGUGCAGGCCUAUGUGCUUUGCUAUGGGCAACGCCAUCAGACUGCUGAAAGGGAAGGUCAACAAGUUCGACAUUGACACUGCUGAGGACGAAGCAAAGGAGGGCCUCCUGGAAUGGAUUGAUCUCUUGAUCAACGAACGAAUCACGCUUGCGGAGUUCUCCAUUGCACGGAAUGCGGCUCAGUCGAUCAACGAGGGCGAUACGAUCCUCACAUAUGGGCGGCAUCGGCUUGUCGAAAAGACAUUCCUCGAGGCGAAGCGGAACGGCAAGUCCUUUAACGUCACUAUUAUCGACGAUCCAUACGAGCGCAGUGGUCAGGAGCUUGCGAAGGCGCUACGACAGGCCGAUAUUCACGUGCUCUACUCGCCCAACUUGGGUGGCCUGAGACCCAAGGUGGCGGAGGCGUCAAACGUGUUUCUCGGAGGAGAGGCUAUCUUUGCCAAUGGCUCGCUUCACGCAGCAUCAGGGACGGCGGACGUAGCCAUGGCUGCCAUGAACGCCGGUGUCAAGGUGAUUGUGCUGUGUGAAACAAUCAACUUUGACCGGGAUCGCGUGUCUGUUGAUGCGCUCACUUACAACGAGAUCGAUCCUGAGAGGAACUCGGCGGAUUGUUUCCGGCUGUUAUUUGACGUGACACACGAUAAAUACAUCACAGGCGUUGUCACCGAGUUCGAGAGCGGUGGCGGCAAUUCGCCCGCCCAGGCCAUCUUGGCUCUCUUGAGGAAGCAGGAAGACCCCCUUAUUGCUUAGGUUGGUGGUUGGUGGGUAGGUCAACCGACGUAAAGCACCGGAAUCUUGCAAUUACACGUCCCUGGGGCUGGAGGAGAGAAGUGCAGAGGGGGAGAGGCGGACGGGGGGUUGAACGGGAGCUAGCUGGUCCAGACCAAGUGAGCUUUCUCGUGGCCUUGAGGGUUCAUUGAUGGCGCAUCGCUUCUACCGUCUUUAGAAUC